AUGAUGAUUUACUUGCAGAUCUCAACUACCAAGGAUGAUCAUGGAAGGGGGGGAAAAAAGAGAGAGGAGAAAAAGAGAACUACUCUCAAGAGCUUUUUCAGAGUCUUGAAGGAAAGUAGUGUGAUCCACUCACAUGUCCACAGCGAGCGGGUUUCGGUCAGCAGCGGGAGCAGCCUCUUGCUCUGCUUAGCUGAUGAACAGCUUGUGAUGUCAGCCAUUUUAGGUUGGACAACACAAAGCAUGAUGCUCCGCCAUCUUUCUCUCCCUCCCCUGUCAGCCAACCCAGUUUUAACGCAUGCACCGGCAGCGGCCACAGCAAUGCAGCCGCUUGCAGCCCACGCAGCCAUCCGCUCCCUGACCUGAGAGGAGCCCAGAUGGAGACUCGGGGAUCAGAGGGAUAGGCACUGUAGGGACCCUGUAAUUGAGGUUUCCUUAUGCGUGCCGAUACUGUGCGACAACUGAGACAGCUGCGGACAGGAGUUUAGAUGCACCAAACAUGCAUUUGUUUUAGUGAGCUGUGGUUGUCAACGGGGACAUGAUGGAGUGAAAUCUUAGAUCUGAUUGACAUGCAGAGGUUAUCUGGAACUGUGCCCGUUUAAGGAUUUCCUUACAAACUGCAGAGUGAACCAGUUGGACCCAUGGACGAGCCCCGCAACCCUCGUUCCCCCAUGCCUGGUCUAUAGUCAACAAGAAGCCCAUCUUCUCGCUUACACCCCCCUCUCAGCCAUUUGGCCAGCGCUCCCACUGUGACCACACCAUGGCCAGCAAGAGGAAGUCCACGACGCCUUGUAUGAUCCCGAGCAAGGUUAUCCGCCACGUAGAGGAGGCUGAGCGGGACUCUCCAGUUUUUCUCCACCACUCCAGGGUUUCUGGGGGUGACACACAUAGGAUUUUAGACCCUGGUGAAUCUUCCAAACUAGAAGCUGGGGAUGCUGAUAUGGACGGUGCAGGCACUUACACCUGUAAGCCUUGUAAUUUUGAAACCCACGACCUUAAUUUGUUCUUGGACCACGUCUACACCGGGCAUCCAGAGUUCCGUGCAGAUCCGAGCUUUGUGUGCAUGAACUGUGGUGUUUCGGCACUUAAGUUUGAAGGGCUGGCCCUGCACAAUGCCCGAGUUCAUCCCAGCACUUUGAACACCACUCUUCAGUUGAGGAAAAGGGACAGGAGGGUGGUGGUGGAGCAGAGUCUCCUGAAUGUGGCAGAGAUGGGGAAAGAGAGUGAGAUUUCCAUCACCAAAACCCCGAUCAUGAGGAUGCUGAAGGGCAAAUCGGAGCCUAAACGGAUUGUGGUGUCUCACCUGGUCUCGGAUGAUCUGACCUCAGAUCCUCAUCCUAUCCCUGCUUCAAGAGAAGCUGAAAGAAAAGAGACGGCGGCCGUGACGGUCACCCAUGUUCCUACAAUUGUCCACAACGGGACAACUAAAGUCACACUGCCCUCAGCGAUCCAGAUAGUCAACGGUUCAGCAGCAUUACCAAUGCUCAAGACUCCCAUCACACAGGUGGUUUCUGUAGCUCAAAACAGAAGCAUUCCCCACUCUGCGCCACUAAACACCUCCUCAAAUGUUUCUUCAGCUUCCCCACUUUCAUCCUCAAAAAAUCUCCCCAAGGUAAUGAUUCCUUUGAGCAGCAUCCCCACCUACAGUGCCUCCAUGGACGACUCCUCCUUCCUGAAGACCUCCUUCAGUAAGUUCCCAUACCCCACAAAAGCCGAGCUCUGCUACCUGACCGUGGUCACCAAGUUCCCCGAAGAGCAGAUCAAGAUCUGGUUCACCGCCCAGAGGCUGAAGCAAGGCAUCAGCUGGUCUCCGGAGGAAAUAGAGGAGGCCAGAAGGAAGAUGUUUAAUACGAUCAUUCAGACGGCACCAGCCACCUCUCAGCACCAGACCCACAGUCACCACGGUCACGCCCAACACACAAUCACAGUCUUGCCUGCCUCACUCGGGGCUGCAGGGAUCCCUCAAUUUCUACAGGGAUCUCUGGUGAGCCAGGGAGGGGUCAUCGUCACCCAGCCCGUGGUCGCAAAUGGCAUCCAGGUCAGCAGUGCUCCCGUGGCGCUGGCUGUCACACCUAAGCCCCAGGCAGCUGCUCGGCCCAUGAUGCAGGCCCGGCCCGCCGCGGCCCUCGUGGCAGACAAAGGAAUCAGUAUGGUGGUGGGAACAGUGGGCAGCAGCAGUGCAGGGAGCAAUAUCAUUGUCAGCAGUAAAAGUGGGGGAGGGGGCACGAGCAGUUCUAAUAGUAGUAACGCUGGUGUCAUCAACCUCAGUCUUGGAAACGGUAAUCACAGUAAUGCUAAGGUGAGCAAUGUCAAUGGCAAACACAGCGCUGCUAAUGCAGACUCCAGUGGCAAGAGCAGCGCUGCCGGCCCCGUCAGUGCUAAGAACACGGAUGUCAGUGCAGCGAACAACACCAGCUCCACGCGCCUCGAAAGCAAAGCCGUGGACAGCAACAGUAUAAGUGACAAUAAUGAACGGCAGAGCAAAGACAGUUACAGCAGCAGCAGCAGAAAUAACAACGCGAGCACGGACGAUGACGAACCCUCCGCCAGCGACUCCCCACUCAUCAAAAUGGAGGACGCUUCAUCCCCCGCCUCCAAAUCCCCCUCCCCCUCUCCCAUAGCUGCUCCUGGCAGCACACUGGGCUCCCGGACACCUGUCAACGCAUUCCUGGACCCCAGCUUUUACAAGGCCAAGAAGUCCCAGGAGCAGCUCGGUGCACUGAAGGAUAGUUUUCAGACCAACCAGUUUCCCGACCAGGAGGAGGUGGAGCGCCUCGUCAGUCUGACCAGCCUCACCGUGCGAGAAGUACGCAAGUGGUUCAGCGACCGGCGCUACCACUUUCGCAACCUCAAAGGUGGGCGCUCAGCCACGGGAGGGCAGAGUAAGUCCAGUACGGCGUCCGGAGCAGGGAGCGGUUCCAGUACACCUGGGAGCACCGCUUCCGCCGACAUCUCAACCCUGGGAGAUCUGUCAGAAAGUAGUAGCAACUCUGGUUCAAAAACACCCCAGCACAGCUCACCAACGGCUCCCUUGAACCCGGCUGGGACACAGACUCCCACUUCUCCCACCACACCUUCCCGCCGACACCCGAGAGCGCCGUCACCCGACUUUACAGCCAUCCGUUACAAAGAGAGAGACGCCAACCAGGUUAAAGCCCUGGAGACCAGCUUCACCCAGAAUGAUGACCCAUCAGGAGAGGAAGUGGACAGGCUGCGAUCUGAGACCAAGAUGACCAGGAGAGAGAUCCAUGGCUGGUUCGCUGAGAGGAGGAAGAGGGUGGCAGCGGAGAAAAAGAGGGAGGAGGCGGAGCGGGCACUGAAAGACGAUGAGGAUGAGAUGGAGGUUGAUGGAGAAGAGAGACAGAGAGAUGACGGUUCUGGAGAGCUGAAAGUCAAUCCUAUUAAAAUCAAUUUGAAAAUGCUGAAAGUGACAGAGGCCAGUGGCAAAUCGGAAAGUGAAGGAUCGGAUAGUCCAACAGUACCGCCUCACUCCAGCAGCACGCCUGUUUUGUCCACAGGCUCCACCUCAUGCACGGUCUCCAAACCAAGCCCGUCCUCCACCCCAACACAGAAAACGCCCCACUCCCUGAAACCCACAACUGUCCGUGGGAAGAAGACGGUGGAGCAGCUGCACCUGCUCAAACAGGUCUACGCUCGGACACAGUGGCCCAGCGCCACCCAGUACGACGAACUGCUCACGGGCACCGGGCUGCCCCGGUCCGAGGUGGUGCGCUGGUUCGGGGACUGUCGUUACGUGCAGAAGAACGGCCAGCUGAAGUGGCUGGAGGAGUACCAGAACCUGGGCCUGGAGGAGGACCUGCAGAGGGAGAAAGAGAAGAUCCUCCAGGCUCACCUCGACACCCACGGCAGGCUGGAGGAGUCACAGUUGCAAGAACUGGCUGAGGGCAGUGGUUUGACAGCAGACCUGGUACGACACUGGUUCUCUUCAAAGGUGAAAGCAACUGCAGCUCAUACGAUAUCAGCAGACCCGGUUGUAUCAGGUGUGGCAGCAGAACCGCCGUCAACAGGAUCCUGCCCACCGGAGCUGCUGCCAGCAGGCGGAGUGGAGAGGAAAACCGUGGAGUUGGAUUGCAGUGUUGCAGCACAAGCAAAAGAGACCACGACUGACAAGAUGUUGAACACUGUUAAAGAAACCGAUUGAAGUGGCCUUUGUGCGAGGACGAAUUCACAACGCAGCUGGUCUUUGUGCUGGGAGUCUGACUAAAAGAGACUUAAAGGCAGAUUGUGCUUUGUAACAGGAUCCCUGGAUGGAAACGGAUCUGGACUCCAUCUGCACCUAUCCAGCCCUCCCUCACUUCUACCUUCUCAGUCCCACCGCCAGAGGUUGGCAUGACCUCCUCCGACACGCCACAUACACUAAAGCCACUAUCCUCAGCCACCCACCACUUCCCUCCUUCCGUUUUCUGUAGCCAUCCGCUACACAAGCACAUCCUCUGAUACGCUACCAUCUUCCCUUCAGAAGGACGUUUUCAGAAGAGACUGAAGUGAAGGGGUGGAGGUAGAGGGAGGUUGACUCUGGAGUUGUGCUGCCAUGUUUGUUCUGCCUGCUGCGAUGGGAUGAAUUAUGGAAAGUAAAAAAAAAAAGAUGAGGGAAGUCUAGGUGGUGGAUGGACCGUUAUCAGUGCUCAAAACAAAUCGGAGACCAAUUGUUUUAGGAUACGAAAAACUGCACAAGUCUUUUACCACAGGGUGCUUGCUGAGAACUUAGAGUAUUCUUAUGUUUAAAUUAUGUCAUUCAUAUUUUUGUUUUUCUCAUGUUUUGAAGGUGGGAUGUGUUAGCUUUGGUGUUUCACUUUAGAGUUCUAACUACAUGCUCUUUAAUUUAAAUUGGACUCGACACGGUUCAGUAUGCUGCGACAUCUGGACUUAUUUCACCCAAAGAAGGCAAGCACCCUGUGGUGUCCAAAACAACAGUGUAUUAGACUUAUCUGGAAUAUGGUUUGUGUUGUAGCAUUGAGUGCUUAUUUACGUUGUCGACAUGCACGUACAUUUGUUUUUAUGGAACUUUCUUAUUGAAUUAAUUGUGUAAAAGAACUGAACUUUUAUUAGAGUUCCAUACUUAGGCUUGAUGUACAAUUUUUAACAGAUGUAUUUGCAAAAAUAAAAAGAACG